AUGCAAAUAUUUGUAAAAACCUUGACUGGUAAGACCAUCACUCUGGAAGUAGAGGCAUCAGACACAAUUGAGAAUGUGAAGGCAAAGAUUCAAGACAAGGAAGGCAUCCCUCCAGACCAACAAAGACUCAUUUUUGCCGAAGGAAUCUACUCUGCAUUUGGUUUUGCGAUUGAGAGGCGGUAUGCAAAUAUUUGUAAAAACCUUGACUGGCAAGACCAUCAUCUGGAAGUAGAGGCAUCAGACACAAUUGAGAAUGUGAAGGCAAAGAUUCAAGACAAGGAAGGCAUCCCUCCAGACCAACAAAGACUCAUUUUUGCCGGCAAGCAACUUGAAGACGGCCGCACCUUGUCUGAUUAUAACAUUCAGAAGGAAUCUACUCUGCAUUUGGUUUUGCGAUUGAGAGGCGGUAUGCAAAUAUUUGUAAAAACAUUGACUGGCAAGACCAUCACUCUGGAAGUAGAGGCAUCAGACACAAUUGAGAAUGUGAAGGCAAAGAUUCAAGACAAAGAAGGCAUCCCUCCAGACCAGCAAAGGCUCAUUUUUGCUGGUAAGCAGCUUGAAGACGGCCGCACCUUGUCUGAUUAUAACAUUCAGAAGGAAUCUACUCUGCAUUUGGUUUUGCGAUUGAGAGGCGGUAUGCAAAUAUUUGUAAAAACCUUGACUGGUAAGACCAUCACUCUGGAAGUAGAGGCAUCAGACACAAUUGAGAAUGUGAAGGCAAAGAUUCAAGACAAGGAAGGCAUCCCUCCAGACCAACAAAGACUCAUUUUUGCCGGUAAGCAGCUUGAAGACGGCCGUACCUUGUCUGAUUAUAACAUUCAGAAGGAAUCUACUCUGCAUUUGGUUUUGCGAUUGAGAGGCGGAAGUUAAUUCUAAUACUGUAAUGAUAUUUACGUACAAUCUUAAUAAAAAUAAUAUAAUAUACAA